GGGUGACACUUCCGGUCCGGGUGGUCUGGCGCCCUGAGGGAAAGCGGUUCGGGGGCUGCGGGUCUGGUCCGGUUCCGUCUCCAUAGUCGGGGCCCGGCGCGGAGGGCUGUGCUCAGGGGCAGGACGAGCUCUCAAGGGAGACGGAGAUGGCAGCGCUGGCAGCAGGACCCGAGUUGUCUUCUGCACCCACUCCUCAAAUCAACAAUUCACGGAGGACCCGACCCAGACCUCGGUGUCAUGAAAUUCUGCCCCGCCUCCAUGACGAUCCCCAUCAAGAUACACUUGGUCCCCCUGUUCCUGCCCAUCUUCCUGAGUGGAGCCUAGGAGACCAGGCAGCAGUAGCUGAAUCCUUGCCAGCCAGGCUCCAGACAUCUCUGAUGUUCAAGGAUGUGGCUGUGUACCUUACCCGGGAGGAGUGGGGCUGUCUCGGCCCUGCCCAGAGGGGCCUCUAUAGGGAUGUGAUGCUGGAGAAUUACGGGAACCUGGUCUCAUUGGGAUUCUCAGUAUCCAAACCUGAUGUAAUUUCCCAGCUGGAAAAAGGGGAAGAGCCAUGGAUCCUGGACACACAGGUUGCUGGAAGGAGAGAGAUUAUGAAAAGUGACUACUCAGAUUGUGAGACCAAAACUAAAAAGGAUUUGUUUCUAAGACAGAAAAUAUCUGAAAAAAUGGAGUUACAGGGGAUGAUACUGGAAAGACUCAAGGGACCUGAAUUUGGAGAGUCCUAUAAAAUUGAGAAUCAAUUAGAAAAACAUUGGGAAAAACCAGUGGUGGGAGCCCUGAGGAAAUGCCUUUCCCUGGAAAAAAACUGCAAGCCAGUGACAGUGAUCCCCAUGAAAACUUCUACCAGAGUGAGAGGUCAGGAGUGUAAUGAAUUUGGAAGGCACUUCAAUCUGACCUCAAAACAUGUUAGACACCAGAGGGUUCCCAGAGGUAAGAAGACCCAUCAAAAUGCAACUUGUGGCCAGACUUUCAAAAAGAAUUCAGACCUUAUUAAUCAGCAGAGUAUCCAUACAAGAGAAAAGGCUUGUAAACUUAAUAUAUAUGGAAAAAUGCCCAGACAGAAUUCAAUUAGUACUGAACAUCAGCAACUUCAUAACACAGAGAAACAUUAUGAGUGUAAUGAAUGUGGAAAAGCUUUCAGCCAGAACAGAACACUUAUUCAGCAUGAGAGAAUUCAUACUGGAGAAAAACCCUAUGAGUGUGGUGAAUGUGGAAAAACUUUUAGUCGCAGUUCUAUCCUUACUAAACAUCAGAGGAUUCACACUGGUGAGAAACCCUACAAAUGUAAUGAAUGUGGAAAAGCCUUUGGUGCUCAUUCAUACUUUUUUCAACAUCGUAAAAUUCAUACUGGAGAGAAACCCUAUGAAUGUAAUGACUGUGGGAAGGCCUUUAGUACUAGAUCAUCAUUUAUUCAACAUGGUAAAAUUCAUAGUGGAGAGAAACCUCAUGAAUGCCAUCAAUGUGGGAAAGCCUUUAGUCAUAGUUCUAAUCUUAUUCAUCAUCAGAGGAUUCAUACUGGAGAAAAACCCUUUCAGUGUAAAGAAUGUGAGAAAGCCUUUAGUAGGCACUCACAUCUUAUUCAACAUCAGAGAAUUCACACUGGAGAAAAACCGUAUGAGUGUAAUGACUGUGGGAAAGCUUUCAGUGCACGUUUAUCCCUUAUUCAGCAUCAGAGAACUCAUACUGGAGAGAAACCAUAUGAGUGUAAUGAAUGUGGCAAAAUGUUCAGCUUAAACCGAACUCUUAUUGUGCACCAAAGGAUUCACACAGGAGAGAAACCCUAUGAGUGUAGUGAAUGUGGGAAAUCCUUCAGCCAACGCUCACAAGUUAUCCAACACAAAAGAAUUCACACAGGAGAGAAACCCUAUGAGUGUAAUGAAUGUGGAAAAUCCUUUAGUGCACGUCUAUCUCUUAUUCAACAUCAAAGAAUUCAUACUGGAGAGAAACCAUAUGAGUGUAAUGAAUGUGGCAAAACCUUUAGCCAGAAAGGUCACCUUAUUCAGCAUCAGAGAAUUCACACAGGAGAGAAACCCUAUGAGUGUAAUGAAUGUGGAAAAGCCUUUAGUCAGAGCUUUAAUCUUAUUCAUCAUCAGAGAACACAUAAUGGAGAGAAACCCUAUGAAUGUAAUGAAUGUGAUAAAGCAUUCAGUGUACUUUCUUCCCUUGUUCAACAUCAGAGAGUACAUAAUGGAGAGAAACCCUAUGAAUGUAAUAAAUGUGGGAAAGCCUUUAGCCAAGGUUCACACCUUAUUCAACAUCAGAGAAGUCACACUGGAGAGAAACCCUAUGAGUGCAAUGAAUGUGGGAAAACCUUUGGCCAGAUUUCAACUCUUAUUAAACAUGAGAGAACACAUAAUGGUGAAAAACCCUAUGAGUGUAAUGAAUGUGGAAAAGCCUUCAGCCAAAGUGCACACCUUAUUCGGCAUAGGAGAAUUCACACUGGAGAAAAUCCUUAUGAGUGCAGUGACUGUGGGAAGGCCUUCAAUGUACGCUCAUCACUUAUUCAGCACCAGAGAAUACACACUGGAGAGAAACCUUAUGAGUGUAAUGAAUGUGGAAAAGCCUUCAGUCAGCACUCACAGUUUAUUCAGCACCAGAGAAUUCACACUGGGGAGAAACCUUAUGUUUGUAAUGACUGUGAUAAAUCCUUUAGUGCACGCUUAUCACUUAUCCAACAUAAGAGAAUUCACACUGGAGAAAAACCCUACGAAUGCAGUGAAUGUGGCAAAUCAUUCCGGCAAAGCUCUCAUCUCAUUCGACAUCAGAGGAUUCAUAGUGGAGAGCGACCCUUUACGUGUGAUGAAUGUGGAAAAACCUUCAGCCAGAGAAUAACUCUAAUUAGUCAUGAAAAGAUUCACACCAGAGAGUAAUCUUUUGAAUAUAGUACACAUGAAGAAAUAUUUAGUAUACACUCAUUUUAAAUUCAGCAUCACAAAAUUCACACUAGGGAGAAAGUUACAUUGUUAAUGUAAUUUGAGAAAGUUCUCUUUGCACUCACGCAAAAUUUUACAUUAUAAAGUUUACAGUGAAGAGAAAUAUUGUGAGAAAACUGUCACUUCAUGACUCCUACAAAUUUAGCACUCAGAUUUUUUUUGUACCCUUCAAAAAGUUAAUCAUAGAACUUUUGUACACUGCCACCUGGUGCCAAUGGAGUGUCUAAAUUGUAUGUUCUAAACUCCAAGGUAUGUGCCUUCUCUGAGAUUCAAAAAGUGGCUUUCUGCUCAAGGCCUCACAGAUUUAACCAUAAAUUAAUGCAUCACUUAUAAAAAAAUAAAGUCUCAUUGAAACUUAAAAUUAGUCAACUUUAAACAUAGUAUUUAAAGAUAAUACUUUACAGCAAAUUUUAGAACAUUCUUUAAUAUAAAUAUAUUCCAUUAUUUGUUAUACCUAGUUUCCCCUGCUUUUUCCAUUGAACCAACCUUUUUAAAAAAAUACUGGACUCCUUUCACUCAAAUGUAUGCUGAAAUCAGCUUACUCUUUUUUGUUAAUUCAGUCUGCUUAAAUAAUUCUGUAGAACCUGAGAAUGUCAUAGCAGUUGGUAUGCUUCUCAAAUCUGCAAGGUAACAUUGGGUGAAAGAAUCAGGAUCUGGAAAGAUCUCAAUAGGCCAAAACUAUGGGCUAACUCCAAAGAUGAGAUUAAAUAGAGAUUAAUAGAAAAUCCUGCACAUAGGUUCUAAAAAUCAACCGUACAAGCACAGGGUGAGUUCAUGUAAAAAUACCUGUGUCUCUUAGUGUAUUAUAAAUUCAUGAUGAAUCACUGUUGUG